AUGGAAUGUGCCAGGUCGAACCCGCCCCUGUCGCUGUCAAGCACUGCCGAUGGUGUCCCUAACUCGCAAUGUGAUGGAAACACUCGAACAGAGGAUCACAAUUUCUCUCCCGACGAGGUCGGUACUCACCAGCCUUUUAUGCCACUAGACUUCUCCCUUGUGGGUGGUAUCGAGGCCUCUAACGACCUCAUGAUGUCGGACGUUUUCACAGGAGAAGACUUGGACCAACCGACGAUUCGAGAGUUUUGGAAUUACCUGCACACUUCCAAUAUAGCCACCAUGCAGCCCUUUCCCUUCUCCGAAUACCAGGAACUUGAGACAAUCGGGAUGCACAAUAAUGAGCUGUUUCAAGCAAACUGGGGACAGAUGGAACUGGGCGACAUACCUAACACAUGGAACGAAGCUGAUUUUGAAGUUUUAUGGAACCAUUUGGGUGAGGGGGACAUAUCGACAUAUCCGCUCGGCUGCGAUAACCGGUAUAUUGUUAGCUCGAUGGCAGGUCAUGAAUGCCGCGAUGGGCCGAUGGAGAACGGGCGCUCAGCUUCUUCGCUCCGCAACUCUCCACCGAUUCGACCACAUUCCAUCUGA